CCUUUUGAAUGCUCAGAGUGUGCAAAGAGGUUCACUGAGAGACAGAAACUUCAGAUGCAUCAGAGAAUCCACACAGGGGAGAGACCUUUUGAAUGCUCAGAGUGUGGAAAGAGAUUCAGUCAGAGUGCCAAUCUUCAAACUCAUCAGAGAACCCACACAGGGGAGAGACCUUUUGAAUGCUCAGAGUGUGGAAAGAGAUUCAGUCAGAGUGCCAAUCUUCAAACUCAUCAGAGAACCCACACAGGGGAGAGACCUUUUGAAUGCUCAGAGUGUGGAAAGAGAUUCAGUCACACUGGCAGUCUUCAAAGUCAUCAGAGAACCCACACCGGGGAGAAACCUUUUGAAUGCUCAGAAUGUGGAAUGAGAUUCAGUCAGAGUUGCAAUCUUCAAACUCAUCAGAGAACCCACAAAGGGGAGAGACCUUUUGAAUGCUCAGAGUGUGGAAAGAGAUUCACUGACAGUGGCUAUCUUCAAACUCAUCAGAGAACCCACACCGGGGAGAAACCUUUUGAAUGCUCAGAAUGUGGAAUGAGAUUCAGUCAGAGUUGCAAUCUUCAAAGUCAUCAGAGAACCCACACAGGGGAGAGACCUUUUGAAUGCUCAGAGUGUGGAAAGAGAUUCAGUCGGAGUAGCCAUCUUCAAAGUCAUCAGAGAACCCACACAGGGGAGAGACCUUUUGAAUGCUCAGAGUGUGGAAAGAGAUUCAGUCGGAGUGACUCUCUUCAAAGUCAUCAGAGAACCCACACUGGGGAGAGACCUUUUGAAUGCUCAGAGUGUGGAAAGAGUUUCACUGACAGUGGCAGUCUUCACAGGCAUCAGAGAACCCACACAGGGGAGAGACCUUUUGAAUGCUCAGAGUGUGGAAAGAGAUUCAGUCAUAGUGGCCAUCUUCAAAGCCAUCGCAGUCCCCAGGUCCAGCACAUCGCUUGGAUAUCUGUUUCUCGAAUGUUUCGAAUCACAUCACUCCGCAAUUCAUACAAUAUCAGUCAUCAAUGGCUGGCGUUCCUUGCCUUGCUGAGUGGCAAGGAGCACCAGCCACUGACGACUGACAUUGUUUGA